AUGGAUGUAAGUUUUAAUGUCCCGUGUAAAACCCGCCUAGUACGAUAUUUCUUCGCAAAGAUGCCUGCUCCAAAGGGAGAUUCUAUGAGAGGUCUGGCUGUGUUCAUCUCGGAUAUCAGGAACUGUAAAAGCAAAGAGGCAGAAAUUAAGCGAAUCAACAAGGAACUUGCAAACAUACGGUCCAAAUUCAAAGGUGAUAAAAUGCUUGAUGGGUACCAUAAAAAGAAGUACGUUUGCAAGCUUCUCUUCAUUUUUCUCCUGGGUCAUGAUAUCGAUUUUGGUUAUACUGAAGCAGUAAAUCUUCUUUGUUCAAAUCGCUACACAGAGAAGCAGAUAGGAUAUUUGUUCAUAUCUGUCUUGUUAAACGACAAUCACCCACUCAUGAAUCUUGUAAUCAGCCGCAUUCGUGAUGAUAUGUCGAGCCGCAGUGCAGCCUUUGUCAAUCUUGCUCUCCAGUGUGUGGCUAAUAUUGGCAACCGGGAGAUGGCUGAGCAAUUCGGUUCAGAAAUCCCAAAACUACUGGUUUCUGGAGAGACGUCUGACUCGAUUAAACAAAAUGCGGCACUUUGUCUGUUGCGUCUUCUUCGUGUAGCUCCUGAUCAAAUGACCGAUCUGGAUUGGACUUCUAGAGCAAUUCAUUUGCUUAAUGACCCACACCUGGGUGUUGUGACAUCUGCUGUCAGCCUCAUUGAAGAGCUUAUAAAAAGAAACCCAGAGGAAUGUAAAAGUUGUGUCCCACUCGCCGUCGCUCGUCUAUGUAGACUGAUCACUUCUUCGUACACAGACUUGCAGGACUAUACCUACUACUUUGUCACUGCUCCCUGGUUGUCCGUCAAACUGUUACGACUGUUGCAAAAUUAUCCCCCGCCCGAGGACACGACAGUGCGUUGUAGGCUAACUGAUUGCCUAGAUACAAUUCUUAAGAAGGUACAAGAACCACCCAAGUCCAAAAAGGUUCAGCACCCAAAUGCCAAAAAUGCUGUCCUUUUCGAAGCCAUUAACUUGAUAAUCCAUAUGGACUGCGAUCGGAAAUUAUUGGUUCGCGCCUGCAAUCAACUGGGCCAAUUUCUUCAACACAAGGAAACAAACCUUCGAUAUUUGGCACUGGAAUCACUCUGCCUCCUAGCCACGAGCGAAUUUAGUCACGAAGCUGUUAAGAAACACCAGGAGACAAUUGUAAAUGCCCUCAAGACGGAACGUGAUGUGUCUGUGCGCCAACGCGCUGCUGAUCUCCUCUACGCAAUGUGCGACAGGACCAACGCCCAAGCUAUAGUCGGAGAGAUGCUGUCCUAUCUAGAGACAGCGGAUUAUUCCAUCCGGGAGGAGAUGGUCCUGAAGGUGGCUAUUCUGGCGGAAAAGUACGCCACUGACUAUUCCUGGUACGUAGACACCAUUCUCAUGCUGAUCCGUGUGGCCGGAGACUACGUCAGUGACGAAGUCUGGCAUCGCGUUGUACAAAUCGUUGUCAAUCGCGAAGACGUCCAGGCAUAUGCUGCCAAGACAGUUUUUGAUGCGUUGACAGCCCCAGCGUGUCACGAGAACAUGAUCAAAGUUGGUGGCUACAUUCUGGGUGAAUUCGGUAACCUCAUUGCCGGUGACGCACGCUCUUCACCAAAGGUGCAAUUCGAGCUUAUUCAUAGUAAGUAUCAUCUGUGCACGCCUACGACGCGCCAGCUUCUUCUAUCAACCUACGUGAAGCUCAUUAACCUCUUCCCCGAAUUAAAGGACACCAUCGUUGAGGUCCUUUCACAGGAUAACAACUACCGCAGUUCAAAUGUCGAAAUACAGCAGCGUUCUGUUGAAUACCUAGCCCUUUCUAAAUUCACCACUAAUGACAUUCUGGCUACAGUUCUCGAGGAAAUGCCGCCGUUCCCGGAAAGGGAGUCCAGCAUUCUCGCUAAACUCAAAGCCAAGAAGCCAGAUUCUGAUGGUCUCUGUGGUGCAAAGACCGGCGAUAAACAACCACACAAGGUUUCUUCGACAAAUGACGCGGAAAAAACGCAAUCGGCCCGUGGGAACGGUCACACAGCAGAGGCAGAUUUGCUCGGCCUCGGUUUAACAGCAACGCCUCCACCGACUGCUGCUGCUGCCAGCGUCCCCGUCGCCGACACUUCGAAGCCCGCGACUGCCGACAGUAACAGUCAGUUUUUGGCUGACAUCCUGGGCAACGGUGUGAUUGAGAGUGGCACAAGCGCCCCAUCCUUCUCCCAGCCUCGACCUUUGACACUAGCCGAUCUCGACAUGGAUCACAUCAGACUCAUUUCCAGGCACCAAGGUGUUCUUUAUGAAAACCACCUGAUCCAAAUCGGUUAUCGUUCCGAGUUCCAGGGUAAUCUGGGUCGAGUUCAACUCUUCUAUGGCAAUAAGAGCGGUCUACCCAUUACCUCAUUCAAUCCCAAAGUGGUAUUUUUGGAGGUCUCUGCGACGACAGGUGGGAGUCCUCUGAAUUUUGACUUUCGUUCUGCUCCAACCACCAUUGACCCCGAAAAACAGGUACCCCAAACCCUCAACAUUGAAUGUCUCACAGAUUUCUCGGAGGUUCCUGUCUUGAAUAUCUCCUAUUCGCAUCAAAGUAACUCUACCUGCCUGUCGCUACCCCUGCCGAUUUUCCUCAACAAGUUCAUGCAACCCGCAUCCAUGGAUCAGCCAACGUUCUUUUCUCGCUGGAAGCUUCUCUGUCAACCUGAUCAAGAAUGCCAAAAAGUGGCUGGUGCCAAGCUGUCAUUCAACCUGGAGGAGAUCAAGCAGCGGAUCGCCGGAUCAGGGCUGAGCAUCCUGCCGCAUAUUGACCCCUGCCCGACGAACAUCGUUGGUGCUGGAAUCGUUCAUACUGCCAGCCAGCAGGUUGGCGUUCUGGUACGGAUAGAAUCCAGUGUAAGUUUAGUGAAAAAACACUCGGCAUGUCUUCCUCUUUUGUGA